AUGUUAAGCGCUUUUCGUAGACGUUUUAUACCAAAAAUUCAAUUUGAACAAAUACGACUUGGUCACAGAGUUAGGGGUAAACCUCCAAUUUUUUGUAGAACUAUAAAAGAACGUUUAGAUGAACUCAAUUAUAAAGAUGAACUAUAUACGGCACGGAUAGACAUAGGGUUUCCGAGUGAAAAAAAACCAGCUAACAUUCUUAGCGCUCGUUUGGAGCACUUGAAAAAACUGAAAAGUGAUAAACAACUUGAGCAAUUGGCCCGUAAUCAUAAACUGGAGAUAAAUUUGGAAGAGGCAAAAAAAGAGUGGUUACAAACAUUAGGCCCAAAACAAAAAAAACAAAUAGCUGAUCACUAUGGCAAUGUUAUUAAACCAGCAGAAGCACUUGAAAAACCUUUAGUCACAUAUGAAUCAAAUGAAAAUUCGUUGUGGACAUUAGUCUUAACAAAUCUCGAUGGGCAUUUAACUGAAAACGAUAAAGAAUAUGUCCACUGGCUAGUAGCUAAUAUUCCCAGUAACUCCAUGGAACAGGGAGAUACUAUUGUGGAAUACUUGCAUCCUUUUCCACUUAAAGGAACUGGAUAUCAUAGAUAUGUUUUUGUACUAUAUAAGCAAAAUGAAAAAGUGUCAUAUGAUCUUCAAAAAGUUACCCUCAAUUCACCUCUAGAAGACAGGACUUUUUACACUAGAGAUUGGUACCAAAAGUACCAAGACAACAUUACUCCUGUCGGUUUAGCUUUCUAUCAGUCCGAUUGGGAUCACACUGUAAAGGAUUAUUUCCAUAAUGUGUUAAACAAAAAAGAACCAGUAUACGAAUAUGAUUUUCCACCACCUUAUAUAAGACCACAAGAAUGGUUCCCCCUUAGAAGACCAUUCAAUCUAUAUAUGGACAAAUAUAGAGAUCCCAAACAGAUCAACAAGGAAUAUUUACUGCGGAAACUUAAAAAUGAGGAUCCUUUCAAGAGACCACCUGCACCUUUAAGAUUCCCUAAUGCUCAUCCCUUACCAAAGGAGAUGCCAUCUUGGCUAAAACUGCAUGAGAAGAAAAUAAGAUUAGGCUGGGGCAGAGUAAAUGAUGUUUAA